GGCCCACAUUUUCCGAUGUCUUCUUUUUAUUCACCAGAGCGGGUUAUAAACUUCGCUCCCGGCCUUCUCGGUUUGGCUCCCAAAGCCUUCGGAUUUGUGCAAAUGCACGGCAAGACGCCGGCGAGCGCCGCCAUGAGCCGGAGUAAUCACCAGAACCCGCAGGCGAAGGUGAAGACUCCGCCGCGCGCCAUCUUCUCCUGCGGAAUCUUCCGCAACUGCACUCAGUCAGUCCUCAGCCCCACCGCCCAUCCGGCUUCUGCUUCUUCUACCUUUGUCCCCUCCGCCUCCCCGCCACCUCCCGCCGAGUCGUCUCCGCCUCCAUCUGCCUCUCCGCUUCCGCCUGCUCACAAGCCAUCUUUGGCUGCUGACGCGCCUCGGCCCACUGAACCCGAACGCCCUCCCGCUUCCUCGUCCUCGUCUUCGUCCUCCUCGUCCACUUCCCAGAGCUUCACCCAGUGGAGGUUCCCCCUGCAGCACCACCACCAACAGCAACUAGCAACUGAGUCGGAGCGCCGCCCGUCGACACUAGACCCCGUGGUCCCCGCCUCCUUCAACCUCGCCGAAGCGUUCCACGUCUCGGAGCUCCAGUUCGCCUCCGGCGACCGCCUCCCUGCUCUGCGCUUGUUGGAAAAGUCCCUGGCAACGGACUCCUCCCCAACGCCGAUUCCCUGCCCUCUAGCAGUGAUGUCCGGCGUGGUAGCCUCACUGCGCGACCAGACCUCGGCGCGGCCGGCAUCCAAGGUUCUCCUCGCGUUGCUUCUAUCGGAGCACAACCGGCGAACCGCGGUGGACACCGGAGCGGCGUCCGCAGCAAUGGAGGCCGUAGCGGCGUCGGGGCCAGGCGGUGCGACCGCGGAGCGGGCGCUGGCAGCGUUGGAGCUCCUCUGCACGGUCCCGGACGGCGCCGCGGAGGUGCGGAGCCACCCCGCGACAGCGCCGGCGCUAGCGGGAGCGGUAGAAAAGAUGACAGGGAGGGGUCGGGAGUACGCCAUCGGGGUGAUGGCGGCGAUAUACGGCGGUGCGGAGGCCGGAUCAGCACCGGCGGAGGCGGGAAGAGCGGUUGUGGCGGCGAUGCAGGGGGAUUGCAGCGCCCGGGCGCGGCGGAAGGGGGCCCAGCUGCUGCGCGCCCUUCAUGAGAGCGGACGUCUUGAUCUCCCGACCGACACAGCCAUCGGACGGCCGUGAGCGACGCUUGGUCCUACACAUGGAUUGGCGGGUGCAACGGUGGGUGCGACGGAGAAGACGAAGUGGGUAGUGUCAGAUGCGGGUACGCGAGUGAGAGGGAUAUGACGAGUGGAAGGGAUCGUGUCAGUGACAGUGGCUAAAGAGGAGAUGGAAAGUUGUCAGAGAGUGAGCUUUAUUUAUUUAUAUAUAUAUAUUUAUAUAUUUAUUGGUCUGCAAUCUUUUGUUUUGGAAAUUACUGUGGUUACUACUUAACAUUAACAA